UGAUCUUUUCCUGCUCACGCAUGUAAGAAGUAGACGUGAACGUAAGUCGUAGAGUAGAAAAUAUUGUUACAUCAAAGUAAUUUUGUGCCGGAGUAGCGUGAAUUGGACGAAUUGAGCAAUUGGUAACAUCGGAGAGCUGAUCAGUGAUCGUACAGAUAAACAAUGGAGGAUAAAGAAGGAUUUGAAGAUAUGGUGGUAACAACCACCACUACAAUACCAGUUACCAUGACGGCCGAACUACCUGAGAUCAAGCUGUUCGGACGCUGGAACUGUGACGAUGUGCAAGUGAAUGAUAUGUCCUUGCAAGAUUACAUCGCCGUCAAGGAGAAGAAUGCGAAAUACCUUCCACAUUCAGCUGGACGUUAUGCAGCUAAACGCUUCCGAAAAGCCCAGUGCCCUAUUGUGGAACGUCUUACAAAUUCUCUCAUGAUGCACGGCAGAAAUAAUGGAAAGAAACUAAUGGCUGUGCGAAUUGUGAAGCAUGCUUUUGAGAUCAUCCACCUUCUCACUGGCGAGAACCCUUUACAGGUUCUCGUCACAGCCAUCAUCAACUCCGGUCCAAGGGAAGAUUCUACACGUAUUGGUCGCGCUGGUACAGUAAGAAGGCAAGCUGUAGACGUGUCCCCAUUGCGUCGUGUUAACCAAGCUAUUUGGUUGUUGUGCACUGGCGCGAGGGAAGCCGCGUUCCGUAACAUCAAAACAAUUGGGGAGUGCUUAGCCGAUGAACUUAUCAAUGCCGCUAAAGGUUCAUCAAAUUCGUACGCGAUCAAGAAAAAGGACGAGUUAGAGCGUGUUGCGAAAUCUAACCGAUAAACAUUCUUUAUACGCGGAAAAUAUAAAUAAACACUCUAUCUUUAAAUUA